AUGGAUUGCAAUUCCAGGCGAGCGCAUCUCUGUCUGGGAUCAUCACCGCCUAGCCUGCAGCAUAAAGGUCCAGUGGUCAAUGAAAGUGUGCGAAAUAUAGACAAUCCUUCGGAUGAAGCUGAUGCAAAAACAUCAGAAACAAUACCACAGUGUAGUGACAUAUUUGUGUUAAGAAAAAAUGUGAAUCUAGUACGACAGCAGAAGUCAUUACUGGAAAUAACGUCCGUAAGAAACUUUUUGACACCAAAGGAAUUUGUAGUUACAGUGCGGUUUGGCAGCGAACACGUACGAAAUUUGUCUAGUCCUUCGAUUGAAUGUUACGCAGGUCCAUGGGCGACACUCGAUAAUACAGUGUGCCGUGCAGUAUACAUUUUUACUGCAUUCGGUUGUGGCUGUUUGUAUUACUAUAACGAACAUUAUUUUUCUUUUUGACAACAGACAAAUCGCAAACCUGCGACGGGCCAUUUUCGAGCUACCCAAGCCUCUGUUUCAAAGCGAGGCCAAGUAAAAAGCCAUUAAAUGAAAUGAUUGAUCAAUAAAGCUCAUUUGUAGCUCAUGGAAGACGUUGAUGAGCUUUUGGAGGCACUCGAAUCACUCGACUCAUGAAUUUAUUCAUUGAACUUAGUUGGACUGAACAUUUUACUCUUACAUCCCCUACUAAGUACUGCUUUGUUGCAAGUGCUUUAUGCCCACAGUUUUGGCAGAUUCUAGCGAGUACUAGAAGGGCUUACAUUUUCGCCCAAUAGCAUGAAGUAGAUGAUUUUUUUGUGGCCAGCGGAAGGUCAGUUUUCGUACAAUAAAAGUUCAACAGGCAAAGAACACUGACAACACCAAUUGUGAUUUAUAGCUGGUUCAAUAAAGGUUGCUUUGGGCAUUGUGAAUUCGGAAAUAGGACACUAUGGUGGUCACUCAGGCAAAUCAUUGCGAGGUUUGGCAGGCCCAGUACCCAAUUCCCAAUUCCCAAUGCCCAAAGCAACCUUUAUUGAAUCAGCUAUAUGUGGAAAACGGACGGCGAAUUGUUACAUUGUGACGCGCCUUACCGUUAUCCCCAGCAAACGUUUUUAUAUGUUAGCCAAUGAGCGAGCGCGGAUUACCGGUUGACAGUCACGCCUCCUUUUAUACAAAGGUCGCGAUUGUUGUAUUUUCUUAACUACAGUUGUGGCUCUAACGAGAAAAUGAGUGAAUGCAGCGAAAUCUGUCUCGAAAGCCUCCUAGUUGGUUUAUAUCUUGAAAGAUGCACCAGUAGAGUUUGAAAUGCUCGACGGCCAGGACGCCUACUUUCCAUCUCCGGAGAAACUGCUUUUAGUGGAAAAACGAAUUUUGGAAAGCGAAUUCAACGCUUUCGUCGACUCUGAAAAGACGGGAAAAGGGAAAAUACCACUGAAACCCAUGGAACUUUCCCAAAGGCUCCACAGUUGUGAUGCUUCUGGGCAAUUUGGAACGUCGCCGAAUCAGGUCCCGCCGAUGAAUGUU